AUGGCCUCCCCACCACCAGGCGGCUUCAUCCUCUCCCCCCCACCAUCCUCCAUCGGCUCAUCCUCCCUUCAGCACGGCGCGGCCUCCCUCCCCCAUCCGCGCAACUCGCCCCUCCGACCCGGCGGCACCAAAGAAUCCACCUUCAUCCGCUACGCCGACACCCGCCUCCUCCACAUCCAGCGCCGCUUCGCCAAACGCACCACCCUCUCGCACCCCAACUUGAGCGACGAAGGCCGCGAGAACGCAGACGCAUGGGGAGAUGUGAAGGGCUACACGAGCAUGAAAGAGGCGUGUCGCGAUAUCGCGGAUCUGGCGUCGGUCGUCUGGGUGUCUGGGACGCCGUCGUUGCAAGUGCCGUAUUUGCUGAAUCUGGGGCUGUUGCUGAGUUCAGUGAUUGCGGCUAUGCCUCCGAGUCCUAAAGCGCUGUUUAGACUGCUGGGGAUGUUGGACCGGGCGUUCGCCGGGUUGUUGCAGGGACGCGAUGUUGAGACGGGCGAGGCGCUGCCGGGGUUGGAGGCGGGGAGGAGGGGGGUGAGUGGGACGGAGAAGGUGAGGGUUAGGAGUUUGGUUGAGAGGACUCGAGUUGGGGUUGUGGAGGCUUUUAAGAGGGGAGAGUUUGAGGAGGAGGAAGAUGAGAUGGAGGUUGAUGAGGAUGAUGGCUUGGUAUUGGAGGGCGAUGCGAUGGAAGAGGAAGAGGAGAGCUGGGAUAUGUUGAUUGCGAAGGUCUAUGAUCGGACUGUGGUGGAAUUGGGAGAUAGUUUGGAAGGACCAAGUAUUGGCAUCAUUACGGAGGGGAGGGGGUAG